AGGGAUAUAGACCCCAGGGAGCUUUUCAGACUACUCAAUGUCUGAUUGGCAGUUAUAUACAAGAAGCCUUAGUCGUCCACACUGCAUCAUUGGACUUCCACAUCAGCUCAGUGCAGAACUGAAUUCAUUCAGGCAUGAGGGAACUGCCUGUACAUAAUCUGGGGAAGACAAACACACAAGAUGGAUAAUAGACUGGAGUCUCUGCAAGAUUUAGUCUCCUUACUGUUGCCUGACAAAAACCCUGCAUUCGUCUUUAAAGAUUUGAACAUGGUGGAAACACUGCAGAAAUUUUGGGAAAAGAAGAAGAGACAAGGAGCUGCCUUAAAGAAUGGCAGUCUGGUAGUGUACGAGUGUGUGCCCUCAGCCAAUGCUCCAUAUGUGUGUUACGUCACUCUGCCAGGAGGCAGCUGCUUUGGCAGCUUCCAGCAUUGCUCAACAAAGGCAGAAGCCAGACGAGUGGCUGCCAGAGUCGCUCUGGUGAACUCUGUCUUCAACGAACAGCCCUGCCGUACCAUCACAGUGGAAUUCAUCAGAAAGAGUGUUCAGGAAGCAAUUGCCUCAUUCAGCGGCAGCGGGAAUAAAUCAGAUGACCCUGGGACAAGCAUUGCGGCCUAUCAGUAUAUGCUGGAGGCAAAUAAAGGCAAAACCAUGUUGGAAUUUCAGGAACUGAUGACAGUCUUUCAGCUGCUGCACUGGAAUGGAAGUCUGAAAGUUCUAAGAGAGAGAAAGUGUUCCCGUCAGGAAGUCAUUUUGUAUUAUUCUCAAUGCCCUUUGGAUGACUGUAUGAGAAGUCAAAUGGCACUGGAUUGGAUUUCGAAGGAGAAGAAAACACCAGGAAUUGUUUUGCUGGAGUUACAAGCUUCCCUCCAAGAGCUGGAGAGAGCCAGGGAAGCUGGACGUGAACUCCGAUUCCCCAAGGAAAAGAAAGAAAUUCUGACACUGGCUCUCAGUCAGAUUGAGACAGGAUCUACGAGUACUGAAUGGAGCACGUGUGAUCCUAAGUGGUUAGGAUUAUGUACAAAUUUAGCAAACUCGAAACAUUGAUUCAGGUCAAGAAUGUAAUAAAGAUGCAAGUGGAGCAACCUAGUAAAAAAAAACUCUGUCUGACAGCAAAAUGAGAACACAAGCCUCCACCUGGAACAGGUUUAGAGACAAUUAUCUCAACUGGUGUGGCAGGAAGCUUGUGAUUGCCACAGCAACCUCUUGUAAUAUGUACAAGGUAGUGCUGUGAAUAAUUUAGGAAUGCUAUACAGAGAAACCUUGUAACAGUGUCACAUGUUCCAAUCAUGCUUGUUUAUAUCACAGUGCUUGUAUUAUAUAACCAUUUUCUGGACAAGCCUGGUUCAGCUGGUUUCCAUUCACAAAUUUUACACAUUUUACAAAUGAAACAAAGCCUGCCUUCACAUGUACAACUUAAGCUUCAUAAACACAAAAAAGUGAACUUAAAAUACUCUGCUGAAACCAGAACCUCUACAAAAUGGGAGUUCAAUUAAAUGGUGCAUGGCAAUCCUGUGAUUGAGUCAGAUAUGCGUUUAUACUCUGCAUCACUUGAAUCACAGA